AUGGAACCGGCUCCUUUAGUCCCAGCCAUCUGGGCCUUUAAUGAUGAAGGACAACUUGUCUGUCUUCCCUCCCAAGACAGCCAAGAGCUCACCGUCGACCGCGUUCAGCCUGAGAAACCAUCGCCAGCGGCGAUCGCAGCCUACCUCGCCCACCUCACACCCUUACAGCAAGAGAGAUGCGAUCAGCUCCGAGCCCAAGGCUGGGAUGACGAGGGGAUUCAUAAUUUCUUCUCUCUUCUAGAGAACUGCAUAAAGUUACUCUGUGCCCGGCUCCGUGAGCAGGGGAGGACGGAGGAGUACAUUGGGCAGCUGGCGGAACAGUGUGGGCGGGAGAUCACAGACUUUUCUCAUCUCCGUCGACCAUUGGAGACUCCAGGUGAAGAGGAUCUCCAAUUACAGCUGUAUCUGCUGGCGGAAACAAGAAGGCAACAUCAACUCAUGCUGGGAGACGAGAGAAGGGUGCCGUCUGAAGCCUCUCACUCUUAA